AUAGCUCAAAAGUGGUCUCCAGUGCAUCAAAUGGAUCAAGAAGAUCAUGGGGUGAUGGCCAUAGCAGCGAUGCCAAUGACCUAUGACGUACACCCCAAGUUUCAUUAUCAAUCUGUGGGCAGCAUAGGGACGGCGUGGAUUGGCUCGCAUCGUCAUCUUUCAUAUCGUCAAAUGGUUGUAAUACAGAAAGUGUAUCAAACCACGAUAUCUGACAUUAAGAAAUUUGCGCAGAUUGCUCACCUCAACAUUGCCCGGCCAAUAGCUUUCUACUCAACGGGAAAAGAAACGUAUGUUGCUUAUGAAUUUAUCGAGCUUGACCUUUUUGAUCUCCGUCCCCUGUCUGAGGUAGAAGUGGCUGGUAUCGCGUCCCAGAUACUAGAUGCAGUCGUAUAUCUCAUUCAACAUCACAUAGGAUUUCGCAUUUCUAUGAUUCGUGUAUCAGUAAAAGGACGCAUCAAGAUAGGUAAGUAUCACUAA